AUUAAAGUCAGAAUUUCCUGUCUUUUCCUGCCUAGGUGCUGGGGUGCCUUAGUUAUUUUAGGGGUUAAAAGCUGUAGUCACUGAUGCGUAUAUAUUAGGCUGUAUUCAUAGAACACGGCUUGUAGCCUGACUCAAGCUAUUACAGUCUAUCAAGAGUGACCAAUAGAAAGAGAAGAAGAUCCAAGAAAGCUGAGGAGGACAGGAAGAAAACACAGUGGUUAGCAGCCAAAGGCUGUGGAUUUACAGUGAUUUCUAACUGGCUUCAGAUAACUCCAGGAACUUGACUAACAAGGCAAACAAUGACUCUAAAAGUCUAUACAAGCCUUUUGCUUUUAUUCUUGGUCAAUUCUGUGUGGACUCGAACUGUGAGACAAGUUUAUGAUGAUCUGGAUCCUGAGCAUUGGUCUCACUACACUUCUGAGUGUCCACGAGAGUGCUUUUGUCCUCCUAGUUUCCCCAAUGCAUUAUACUGUGAUAACAAAGGACUUAAAGAAAUACCUGCAAUUCCAGCAAGAAUUUGGUACCUCUAUCUUCAAAACAACCUAAUUGAAACAGUUUCAGAGAAGCCUUUUGUGAAUGCCACUCAUCUGAGAUGGAUAAAUCUGAACAAGAAUAAGAUUACCAACAAUGGAAUUGAGAGCGGUGUGCUGAGCAAGCUGAAAAGGCUGCUUUACUUAUUCCUUGAAGAUAACGAAUUAGAAGAAGUGCCUGCCCCAUUACCAGUGGGCCUGGAACAGCUCAGACUGGCUAGAAACAAAAUCUCCAGAAUCCCAGAAGGAGUCUUCAGCAACUUGGAAAACCUUACUAUGUUAGAUCUGCACCAGAACAGUUUGUUGGACAGCGCUCUUCAAAGUGACACCUUCCAAGGACUCAACAAUCUUAUGCAGCUCAACAUAGCAAAAAAUUCACUCAAGAAAAUGCCUUUAAGCAUUCCAGCUAACACACUGCAGCUGUUUUUGGACAACAACUCCAUUGAAGUGAUACCAGAAAACUACUUCAGUGCAAUACCCAAAGUAACUUUCCUUAGGCUGAACUAUAAUAAAUUAUCUGAUGACGGUAUUCCCCCAAAUGGGUUUAAUGUCUCAUCUAUUCUGGAUCUACAGCUGUCUCACAACCAGCUCACUAAAAUUCCACCAAUCAAUGCUCAACUCGAGCACCUUCACCUUGAUCACAACAGAAUCAAAAGUGUCAAUGGUACUCAAAUAUGUCCAGUCUCAAUUGCCAUAGCAGAAGACUAUGGUUUUUACGGCAACACCCCUCGCCUCAGAUACCUUCGCCUGGAUGGAAAUGAAAUUCAACCUCCAAUCCCAUUGGACAUCAUGAUAUGUUUCCGACUACUUCAAGCUGUUGUCAUAUAAAGAUAUUGCACUGUUACUCUUGUUCUGUGAGAGUGCUAAGACACAAGUUUUGCUGGAAUGAAACUUGUUCUAACUCAUAAACCAAGAAAUAACAGCUUUAUUUUGACUUUAAUUUUUUCUUUGCUUGCAUCUUUUCUACAGCUGAAAAGAUUGUUCUUCUUUCAGAAGAUAUAUUCAAUGGACAUGAAACAUGUGCUUUACCUAAGAAUUCCUAAUGAGAAUAUAUUGAAAAUCAUUUGUGUAAGAUCCCAAAUAUUCCAAAGCAAAUUAUUGUCUACUCCAUCUUUCUUGUCAAAUGGUACAAUGUCUAUCCUGUUAACAUUGCUACAGACAAAUUAUAUUUUCUUAUUUUUUUAUAUAAUAACUCAAUGAAUUUGAGUGCACCUGGCUAAAUAUGUAUGCUAGAAAAAGAAUGAGUUGCAUGACUACUAGUUAUUGGAACUGCCUUUGUCUUUUUUAAGAUAGUGACUGAUGGUGAACGAACACUUAGCAUGUAAAUAAUUCAUAAAUUGCAGUCAUCCAUUGAAGACUGAUACUUUUAUGGCAUGAAGUACAUGAAGCUCAGAGUCCAAAGCAAUAUACUGCAUAUAUAUUGUUGUAUGGAUUCAUUCAGCAUAUGAUUUCAGAAUUGGAAGACACUGAUCCAACUCAAAUCCAGGGGCAAGGGAACAUGAGACAAAAUCUUAAUCUACAGUAAUGCCAUUUUUCUGCUAUUUCAUUCUUCAGUAUUCCAUUUCUAGUUUUGACACAAUUUCUUUCUGUAGCUUUGGGAUAGUCAUUGAACAUUUGGUUUAUGUUAGUUUCCAUGGAGAUAAAACCAAGAACUGUAAUGACAGUGUAUUUCAUAGACUAGGUACUUCACAAUAGUUGGAAUGGCUAGUUAAUAUAAUGGUGAUAAAGACAAAAAUAAGUAAUUAAGAGAUAUGUAGCCUCCCAAUUAUUUACUGAACUAGUCAAAUAUUUGUAUAGGAAUUGUAUCAGUUUAAGCAAAUACAAUCAACUCAGAGCAGUAUUUAGCUAUCUGUUUACUCAUACACACGCACAUAAUAUCAGAUUUUAGAGAAGACCAGAAUAGACCAUAUUCCAAUUCACAAACAAAGGAUAUAUCAGCAGGCAUCUUUUUAUAAAAUCCGUUUGUUUUAUUUUUCUGUUUUUAUAAGAUAAUAUUGGUAUUUCAAUACACAAAUUGAAUAUUAGAGUCAGCUAUUGACUGGGAGAGUACGACAUUUUUAUUUCUGAUAGCCAGCACAACAGAUUAUCCAUCAGUCAUAUUAUUUUAGUUUUCUUGUAUUUGUAGAUAGAAGCACUUAGUUGCUCUUUGAUAGCUUGCAUCUAAUUCUAACAUUUUAAGACCGGCCUCAGUAACAAACAUUUAAAGACUAUGCACAUGGUAUAUUUUUUUCUUUGAAGAUGAAGCAUUUUCUUCAAAAUAGAUUUAAAAAAAAAAAAAAAGUUGAGAACUGCAUCUUUUAACAUUCAAUCACUUUUUAUCUGAAAAUCAGGCCUUAUUGUACUUCAGUGCAUUUGUGGAAAUAACCCAGUAUAGAAACCCAGCAUAGAAAUUAUCCAUUCGGAAAUCCUAUCACAGAAGCAUUUAUUCUUGCAGUUCUUUUUAUGUGAUUGCUGAGAAACUCCAGCCCUUCUAGCAAAACAUUUUCUGUACCUCUGUGUUUACCCUAUAUGAAAACCCACAAAUUUAAAGAAUCUCUACAAUAUGUAUGCAUGUUUACAUAUGUUCUUUACUCAAUAAUAGCAUAGUAAUUUAUUUUUGGAAAAAAAAAUUAC